UUAGCUGAUUGGCCACCUUCAGAUGGUCCCCCUUCCCCAUCCUGUGAGCCCUCCCUCUCCUCGUGCCACCCAGAACCUUCCAGGCUACUGCUGUCCGGCACGCGCUGUCAAAAUGAUGGGCCAGCAGGUUUUAGUGCUUAAUCAGAAUGUGAAGAGAGAGUCUGGACGUAAAGUUCAGACUGGAAACAUCAACGCUGCAAAGACCAUUGCAGAUGUGAUAAGGACCUGCCUCGGCCCACGGGCCAUGAUGAAGAUGUUACUUGAUCCCAUGGGAGGAAUCGUGAUGACCAAUGAUGGAAACGCCAUCCUCAGAGAGAUUCAGGUGCAGCACCCAGCAGCCAAAUCGAUGAUCGAGAUCAGCCGCACACAGGAUGAAGAAGUGGGAGACGGGACCACCUCAGUGAUCAUACUGGCCGGAGAGAUGCUGUCUGUCGCUGAACAUUUUCUGGAGCAGCAGAUGCACCCAACGGUGGUCAUCAGCGCCUACAGACAAGCUCUGGAGGACAUGCUGGAAACUCUGAAGGAGAUCAGCACCCCUGUAGACACGUCAGACCGCUCCAUGAUGCUGAAAAUCGUCCAUUCGGCCAUCAAUACCAAAGCUCUGAACCGCUGGUCAGACCUGGCCUGCGGCAUUGCGCUGGACGCUGUUCGAACGGUUGAGCUGGAGGAGAAUGGACGCAAAGAGAUCGACAUCAAGAAGUACGCCAAGGUGGAGAAGGUUCCAGGCGGGAUCAUCGAGGACUCGUGUGUGUUGAAAGGAGUGAUGGUGAACAAAGAUGUAACACACCCUAGAAUGAAACGGAUGAUCAAAAACCCCCGAAUCGUCCUGCUGGACUGUUCUCUUGAGUACAAGAAGGGAGAGAGCCAGACCGACAUAGAGAUCAGUAAGGAGGAGGACUUUGCCAGGAUCCUGCAGAUGGAGGAGGAAUACAUCCAGCAGAUCUGUGAGGACAUCAUCCGGCUGAAACCAGACCUGAUCUUCACAGAGAAAGGCAUCUCAGAUCUGGCCCAGCAUUACCUGGUGAAGGCAAACAUCACCGCCAUCCGCCGCGUAAGGAAGACCGACAACAACCGCAUCGCCAGGGCAUGUGGGGCUCGCAUCGUCAGCCGGACAGACGAGCUUCGCGAGGAAGACAUCGGUUUGGGCGCGGGGCUGUUUGAGGUGAAGAAGAUCGGAGACGAGUAUUUCACCUUUAUCACCGAGAACCUGCAGGACGCCAUGCAGGUGUCCCGCAACGUGCUGCUGGACCCCUUCCUGCUGCCAGGUGGUGGCGCCGUGGAAAUGGCGGUGUCAAAGAAGCUGACGGAGCGUUCCCGUGCCCUGACCGGCGUGGAGCAGUGGCCGUACCGCUCCGUCGCCCAGGCGCUGGAGGUCAUCCCCCGGACGCUGAUCCAGAACUGCGGAGCUUCCACCAUUCGUGUUCUGACUUCACUGAGGGCCAAACACACUCAGGAAAACAGUGUGUGUUGGGGCGUCAAUGGAGAGACCGGAUGUCUGUGUGACAUGUCGGCUCUGGGAAUCUGGGAGCCUCUGGCUGUCAAAGCUCAGACCUACAAGACUGCCGUUGAGACGGCCAUCUUGUUGCUGCGUAUCGACGACAUCAUACAGUUUACAAAGUGUAUCGUACACAUAGAGAUACUACAAGGAGCCCAAUGA